AGGAAUAACUCUCGAAUUGGUGUUUCUGGGUGUUAUGACGGAACGUGCGCGUGAAAUUGUUAACCAGCGAGUGUUUAGAGUGACAUGUGAGAUCUUGCAGCAGUGAAUUAAGCGAGUUAUCCUGGGCGUCCGUGGCGUGGAAAUAGAAAUCGGCGCUUGUAAUCCCCUCGCAGAGCGCACAGGGCCUGGUGAGGCCACAUUGGGCUCUUGGUAAGCUCAGCCCACCUUCUCGCCACAGCCCGACGCACUUGAGAGGAGCUUGAAAGUGCAUUGAGCGCUCGUCCUGCUAGCGUUAGCUUGGCGGAUUUAGUGACAGUCGUGAAGAUUGUCGCGGUCAUUCGCAGACAAAGACGAGACAAUGCCUCCAUGGAGGAAUGCGGCGCGCGCCUGAAUAUUAUUUUGGAGUCGACAAAGUUACGACACAACCUUAAUACGACGUUGCAGACAGUUUGAGAGCUACAGGGCCAGAAGCAUGACUGAGCAGCAGGAGCACUCCGAAGAAACAGGUCUAUUGUCUACACAGGACCUGGACGCCUCCAAGGAUGAAGAUGCGCAUGGACACCUCAGGUUUCAUCUGAUUGAAGAGCUGUCCUAUGAGGAUGUCAAAAAAUGUUACCGUGGCUCGUGUGUGUCUUGCAGCGACUUGCUUCAGGCCAUGGAUGAGUGUGUGUGUGUGUACGGCGCCAACGUGCUGAGCCUGGUGCAGAGCUCGCCGCCUCUGAGGGAGCGCGUGGUGUCGGCGGUGAGCCGGGUCGGAGCGGCCGGCGGCUGGAGAGGGAGUUCCGGUGCCGUGCGAGCCGGCCGGUCCGCCAAGGAGCUGCUCAUGACUCUGCCCUGUCCCUCUGCACAGACUGUCAGCAAGUACAACUCGCAGUACCACAAACUCUUCCAGUGUGUGCCCAAGGAUGAGCUCCUUAUGAAAGUGUACUCCUGCGCUCUUCUCAGAGAUAUCCUCCUCCAAGGCAGGCUUUACAUCUCUAGAAAUUGGCUAUGUUUCUAUGCCAACCUCUUCGGCAAGGACAUUAAGGUGGCUCUCCCCGUUGUCUCUGUGCGGUUGGUGAAAAAGCAUAAAACAGCGGGCCUGGUGCCCAAUGGCUUGGCUAUCACCACAGACACUGGCCAGAAGUAUGUAUUCGUGUCACUUCUAUCAAGAGACAGUGUGUAUGACGUCCUUCGAAGGAUCUGCACACACCUACAGGUCAAUGGGAAGAGUCUGAGUUUAAAGCAGUACAUGGAGGAACCCGCCUUAUCGCUGGAUGAAUUCCCGACCCCUGACGAGUUUCCAGUGGUGGAUGAAUUCCCAUCAGUGUUAAAGUGGAGAAGGAAGCCCUCAGUGGUGUCUGUGUCCUCCUCCCUUCCUGACCUGGUGGGGAACUCCAACAGCAGUCUGAGCACUGCAAGUACACCCUUCAAGUCAGAGCAGCCUUUGGAAGAGCGGGCCCUGCAGACAGACAGAGGCCUUUUAUCAGAGCCAGUGGCAGAGUUGGGCCAGAUGGAAUACCAGCUGCUCAAGUUCUUUACCCUGCUUAUCAUUCUGCUCAUCCUUUCUUCGUGCUACCUGGCAUUCCGUGUCUGCAGUCUGGAGCAGCAGCUCUCCUUCCUCAGCAACCCGCAUUUGCCCCUCAGGGAGAGGUCACUAAUAAUCAAUCAAACUACUAAUUUACUCUAAAUACACACGCAUAAGAUGCCUACUCUAUGUGUGAAUCAAUAGAGGAGGAGGCGAGGCAUAGACCAAAGGCUCCGUCAACUUGUCUUGCUUUCCCGUU